AACAUUCAACGCAGACAGUAUCAGUCAUCAGACAGUGAAGCUCAGUGCCAGAUCGUUAAACAUGUCUCGUGCCGUUUUCGUAGUGCUCCUGGUGAUCGGUGUGCUUAUUAGCACAACUAUCGCACAACCUACUGCUCAAUCGUGUCCAGAAAAUCAAGAGUGGACCACUUGUGGAUCGGCAUGUCCACCGUCGUGCAAUUCAGACCCUCAUCGAGCUUGCACAUUGCAAUGCAUUAUUGGAUGUCAAUGUAAAUCAGGUCUUCUGCUCAAUUCUCAAGGAAACUGCGUAGCGGCUCAGGAUUGUUAAAAAUAAAAUCACACCACAGUAAAAUUUUUUGUGUCUCUAGAAAUGUAAAACUAUAAAGAUGUAAAAAUC